GACAGGACACACUUCAGGCUGAGCUCAGAUGAGAAAAGUGGGCGAUGUUGCAGCGAGGAUCUCAUUUAUGGACACUGUGGGAAGAAAGGCUUGUUGUUGCAGUCCUGAGUUGCUUGUAGGUAUAUUUUGAAGCGGAGAGGUUGAAGCAGCCCAGUUGUCGCAGUAAAUAUAUUUUUUAGAUUACUUCUGAGAGGAAUACAAAAAAUGUCGUCUCCAAGUCCAGGCAAGAGGCGAAUGGAUACCGACGUGGUGAAACUCAUCGAGAGCAAGCAUGAGGUCACCAUCCUUAGUGGACUCAACGAAUUUGUGGUCAAGUUCCACGGGCCACCUGGAACACCUUAUGAAGGAGGCGUAUGGAAGGUUCGGGUGGAUCUACCAGAUAAAUAUCCCUUCAAAUCACCAUCAAUAGGAUUCAUGAAUAAAAUCUUUCACCCAAACAUCGACGAAGCGUCGGGAACGGUGUGUUUAGAUGUCAUUAACCAGACAUGGACGGCUCUCUAUGACCUCACCAACAUCUUCGAGUCGUUCCUCCCUCAGCUGCUCGCCUACCCAAACCCCAUCGAUCCUCUGAACGGGGAUGCAGCCGCCAUGUACCUUCAUCGACCGGAGGAUUAUAAACACAAGAUCAAAGAGUACAUCCAGAAGUACGCCACAGAGGAGGCUCUAAAGGAGCAGGAAGAAGGAGGGGGCGACUCCUCUUCCGAGAGCUCCAUGUCAGACUUUUCGGAGGAUGAGGCUCAGGACAUGGAGUUGUAGUGAAAGGGGGGGAUCCGGUCCCCUUCACCUCACAACAGACUGUUGUUUCCUAAAGUGCAGAAACUCAGUACUAUAUUCAUAUUUAAACGAGACAAUUUUUUACAGCAACACAAGGAUUUUUAUCGCUACACGAGGAUUUGCAGUAUGAUAUUGCAGAAAUAUUAACCCUUAUAUAGGAAUUCACAACCAACUUCCCUUUCCCUCCUCCUCGCCCCAAGAGCCUGCUUGGAUCAGAAAGGAGUGCGUCAUUCAUUUCCACAAAGUUGUUGUGGAUUCAGGCCUGUAAAGGCGGCUUUCUAUCUUCUUGUCCAAACUGAGCCGUGAAACCAACACGCGGGCCAGGGGGUCAAACUGACAUAAUAAAACGAGACUGUUUACGCUCAGUUUCCCAUUUGGUUGCACGAGCUACAACUCACCACCUCUUAUGUUGGGACACAUUUACGUUUUCAAUGUUUUACAGCAUUGUCAGGCAUCUUUUCCUCGUCAACAAAGGACGGCAAGAUAACAAUCCACAAUUUGUAAGUGGUCUCAACUUCAACAGAGUGUGGAUUCCCUUUUUCUUUUCUUUUUUUCUUUUUUUAACUGUCACCUUUUCCUUUUUGACACUGCUGCCCUGAGGAGUCACCAUUACAAUCACCUCUUCAGAGGAGAUGAUGGCCACCGCGCAGUUGAGCGCUCAUCACGUACAGACUCAUGUGGCUGCGGACAGCCUCUCCAACAGGACUGCUCUCUGUGCAAACCCGCAGACACAUCACACGCUAGGAAACUGCACAAUGCAUCAACCAUGACAAGUCACACAAAUGCCAAGGCGUGUGUGUGUGUGUGUGUGUGUGCACACGCCUAUGUGCAUGCAUGAAUGUAAUCCAGGGAGAAUCAUGGCGUAUUACUGAUAACCUGUGUUGUUCUGACCCCUGAUGCUCUGCAGAGAUCAGAGAAGUUUCACCAUUUCGAUCCUUCUCCUCUUCAACCACCAGUUCCUCCUCCUCCUCUUCCUCCUUCUCUCCGUUUUAGGAAAGUGUUUCUCAUUCUCUGAGUAUCUUUGUAUAUUGUGGCAUGACACAGAAGUAAAGUUGUGUAGGGUUUGUGGAGCUGUAGCGCUGUAGAAGUGGGGGAGGACGCCUGUGCCCAGAGCCCACUGUGUGUGAGUUGGGUGGGAUUCAGGGUUCAUUCUUUGUGGCGGGGCUGGGGAUUAUCCAGGUCCUUGUUGAAUUGUUGAACUUCUUAACUUUGCCUAUUGCUUGUGUUGAACUAUAAUAGGUGUUUGACUUGCGUAGGGGUAGGUAGUUUUUUUUUUCUUCUUCUUCGCGGCUGGUGAAUCCUAUCAUAAUAUAUGGUUUAAUACUUAUAUAAACACACUAGUUUAAAAACUAAUUGUCCUGUAAAGAUGAGGAGAAUGAAUACAUCUUUGUCCGUGGGGUGACUUUUUUUUUUUGUUCAAUCCUCCAAAGACAUGUCUCACCCCUGUACUCCCCUUUCUUAUGCAAAUGAGUCCGACUUUUAUCAUCGAGAGAUAUGUUACUUUUGUCAGACAGAAGUGCUCUUUGUUUCUGCCAUUCAGCGUCGUAGCGAUUAUUUGUCACAUUUACUUUUUCAUGACAUUGAUGGCCUGUUGCUUUCCAAAAUGGUGGGACCAAAAUCUAAAGGAGUUAUAAGCUUAGUUUCAUACUGUAUAUCCGUUAAAAAAAAAGAGAAAAAAAAGGAAAUCCUGCUCAGGCUGGAUAAAGAGUUUACAUUGAUAAAUUAAUAAUGUUCUUUGAAAUGUCAAAUUCUGGAGUGGCCAUCUUAGAUCAAUUCAAACAUUUUCAUUCAGGCGCAGUUUCUUUUUCUUCUUUAGGACAGUUGAACAACUUUCAUCCUGGUUUACUCUGAAAAGGUUUGCCUGCGCCCCACACCAGAGGAAACUAGCACGCGUUACCAGAGCAGUGACAGUUUACUGUUACAUUUCAUGAUGGCAUACCAAUCUUUGUUUGUAACAUGCAUUCAUAGCCGAACACUUUUUGGUGUGAUUCAUUUCUGUAAGGAAACAAAUAGAUCUGAAUCCUACUUUAUCACCAUCUUGUGAUGGGAAAUUUCAAUCAAUAAUCCCUUUCAUAUUAAAAAAAACCAAAAGAUAUCAGGAUCUCUUCCAUGGUGUCGUGUAGGAGGGUAUUUACCUUUGUUUGAACAUUAACAUAGGCUGGUAAAACUAGCAUGUCAGUGUUUUUGACAUGGCUUUAAAAAUGUAUCUGUUGAACAGCCAAUUCGAAAUGGCUCUAAUUACUUUUGAUAACCAAAUAUAAGUUGGUGUAGUUGUAGUUUUUGCUUUGAGGAAAUUGUGAUUUGCAAGAAAAAAAACAACACCUCUGUCCAGCCUUGUUGUUUGUCAUCAUCUGGAUUUAUCAGCGCAUUGUUUUUUGUUUUGUUUUGUUUUUUAUUAAUAAGACACAUAUAUUUGAUGCCUAUAAUUUGUUUGAAUGUUUUUAUUUUUGUCUUUUACGCCCGACGUCCAGGAUACAAGUCGAGAUAUCCCUGAUUUUUUUUAAAGGCAAAAAAUGAAUAAAUGUGCUUCCCUUGUAACUUGAAGAAGAAAUAAACAAAUAAUGUAAU